CUCUUAUACGCUCGGGUUAGUUUGUGUUAGUGUCGUUGAAUCUAAAUGAUGGAUCCAUGACAGGCGUUACUGCGAUGAGCCACUCGUUUGAUUUGAACUUCAACAGCGGAUUUGGCAACACCACAAAACAACCCCCGAAGAAUCGCGCUGGUUCUUCAAUCUUCAAAUUUUGAAAUGUUUGUGGGCAGAUUAAAUUUAUAUUCGCCGCAUUCUUUACUAGAACAGGCAUGAUGCUGAGUCGAUUUUAUUCUAGUGAGCUCCAGCCAAUUUAGAGUACUGUUUUAACAUUGUGACCAAUCACGUUCGUGAUAUGGUUUUGCAGAGUAUUCUGAAAAGCUACCAUAGAUUUUAAGCAUGGCAUGCGAAGUUCAUUUGGAGAACUUUUAAAUGCACACUUUCAACAGUUUCAUUUGCAGACGUCACAAAUGCAGCUUGAGGUUUUGUUUUGACUGUCAGAUUGAUUAUUGUCAGUUACUUAGGUCUAAAAAAUUGCAAAUACUUGGUAGGUUCUCCGAUGGCAGCGUACAAUGUUAAUUACAUUAAUUAAGUGAAAGUGUGCAAUUGUCCAGCAAAUGCCGCAGUGUCGUUAACUAGUUUUGCAAUGACAGAAACCGCGCAUCAAUCUACUCCAGAGCUCAACGACGGUGGGCCCCAAUCGAGUAUCAGCAAUGAUAUUACUGUUUUGAAAGACUUCUGCUCGAGCAAUGCAGACUUUUUCGCCAGCGACAGCAGCGAGAAUGGUCAACGGCUGUACAUUUCGUUUAUGGCCCUCAUUGAUGCUAUCGAUGGCCUUUACCCCAGACUGAUUGAGAUCGAAAAGCGAGUCAAGGAGUUUGAUUUUGAUGAAGACACUCCUGGGAAUGGAUACAGGAGUUACAUUAGCGUGUUUCAGCUGGCUUUGAAAUAUGCCAUAGAUCUGAACCAGAAGAUUAUGUGGCGCAGGAGUAGUCUCCUGUUUAGAAAGACUGUCUUAACCAAAGAAAUCGAAUCCUGUUCACAUCUACUGUCUAGCUUAGAGGUCUGCUUCAAGAAUUUGCAAACAAUACUCUCUUGGAGCAAGGAUGGGAAUCUCUUUGUGCAGGACCGACCUUUCGAAGAAUUAAUCUCAGUUUGCCAGGAUAUUAAUCAGUAUUGCUUCUAUGGGCGCUCGUUAGGCUUUCAAUUCUGUGACUCCCUGAAAAACGUCUUACAAUUUAUUGCCUUAUCGAUGGCGAUUUUUUCUGAAGCCUACUACAGUCAAGGUUCUCUAAUCUCCAAAGCCACCAACUCCUUUAUGACCACCACCAAAUAUAUUACUGAUCCAGAGCAAAGAGCUAAGCGAAUAGUGAAUAUAUCUCAGAGCGCCGAUGUGGAUUUCUGCAAAUCCUUUUGGUUUCUGUCGGAGAGCGAGCUAAUGAAUCAGCUCCCCUCCGUUGUCUGCCCAAGCGUUGCUGUGAGCAAACUGAUAAUUAUCGCACCCGAACCUCUAGUUUUAAACAUCGGUGGCAAAGAUGUGGAAAUUCCUGUGCCUACAGCACAUAUUGGGCCCAAACCAGUGCAGGUACGGCUGAUCAGCUACCAUGUGAGGGAAGGAAUGUUGGGAACCAAAAACAAAAGUCCAUUGGAGCCACCCGCAAAGGGCCUAAUAAUUCACUGCCAUGGCGGCGGGUUUGUGGCACAAUCGUCCAAAUCUCACGAGCCUUACUUGAGGGAUUGGGCUAAAAUGCUAGAUAUUCCCAUUCUAAGUAUAGAUUACAGCUUGGCGCCGGAGGCGCCCUUUCCAAGAGCUCUAGAAGAAGUUUUUUACGCCUAUUGCUGGGCUUUAAAGAACCACAAUUUCUUAGGAAGCGAUGGAGAAAGAAUAAUUGGCGUGGGCGAUUCAGCAGGAGCGAAUCUUCUGUUGGCGGCCACAUUAAAGUGUAUUAACAGUGGAGUUCCGACUCCUCACGGAGUUUUCGCGGCUUAUGUUCCCACUCUGGUCAAAUUUGCGCCUUCGCCUGCACGUCUUUUGUGCAUGAUGGACCCGCUCUUGCCUUUCGGGUUCUUGAUGCGAUGUUUGAAAGCUUAUGCGUGCCCUCCAGAGCUCCUUGCGGCAAACAAUUCCGCAAUGUUGUAUCCCUCCGAUACGGAAAGUUUCGAGGAAAUCUCUGAAUCGGAUUUGGCUGAAUUGCAGGCCCACAAAUCGCCAGUAUCUGAAGCCUCCGACACACUCACGUAUGGCUCCUUAAACUCGCAUAUGGAUGAUCUGAAUGAGAAAGAUGUCACUUCGGCAGAAAUCGAGAAGAGCCAGAAGUACAUGGCCGAUAUAGUACAGAACUUUGUACUAGGUAGGGAUUACUUGGGGUCUCUGUUUUCACGUACAUACCACUAUAAAGUUCCGAACAAAGGAGAAUCAGAUACUGACACUGAAGGAACCAGAAUCUCACAAGCGAAUGGGGCAAGUUCCACUUCUUCUACUCUGGACAACUCGUUCCAAACUAGACUGUCUGGCUUUGUUUCGACAAUUAAGGGACAUUUUAGUAAAAUGCUGGGUGAGCGAGGGUUGAGUUCAAGCGAAAAGAUUUUGGAAUCGGAUAAACCAGACAGUUUAUGGGACGAACUUUGCUUCCCAGUGCCGAAUGACCCCUAUUUGAGCCCUUACUGCGCCUCUGACGAUGAUUUGAAGAAAUUUCCUCCAACCAAAAUUCUGACUGUUGAACUAGACCCGUGUCUAGAUGAUUGCGUUAUGUUUGCAAAACGGCUAAAAUCAGUUGGAAACGAUGUGAGUCUGGAUAUUUUGCCAGGUCUUCCUCAUGGUUUCUUGAAUUUUUCGCUGAUUUCCAAAGAUGCUCAUGAAGGCUCUAAGCUAUGUGUUCAACGAAUGAAAGAACUCCUACAACUGGACAAAGAUCUGUUUAAGCCUAAAUAGUACUAAGCGAUAUUAUUACAGUGUACUUAGUAAAUCGUUGUCGUCAUUGUUAUUAGCAACAAUGAAGUGAAAAAGUAUUUAUUCUCGCUAUAUGUAUAAAUUAUAGUAUUUUUAUACAAGGAAGGUUGGGGUGGUGUUAGAAGUCAUGAUUGUGUCCAAUGAAAUCUGUUGACUCAGCUAAUGUUCUGUAGAACUAAAUGCAUACUCGAAAUAAAUUGUUGCGUUACUGA